UAUCUCAACAGGAGAAGUUGCUUCUGCAACGACCGUAGCUCCAACUCUCCUCCAAUGGCGACAGUGAUCCACCUCUCUUCGAUUCACACUUCGAUGCCUUCUCUUCGUAUAUUCUCUGCUCAUUCUUCCAGAAAUAACCCUAACCUCUCAUUCUAUUCACAACCCAGACCCUUCUCCCUCACUUUCCCAUCCAUUUCUCUUAGCCCUUGCACCAAACCCAGACCUCGGGCUUCGGUCAUCGCUUUGGCUCUCAAGACCCUUUCGGAGACGGAGGUAGUCGCCGUUCCGGAGAAUUCCGAUCAAGUCACCGGAAAAUUCCCGCCAGAUACCGGCGUUUACGCCGUUUAUGACGAUAACGGUGACCUUCAAUUCGUCGGCUUAUCGAGGAAUAUCGCGGCGAGUGUUCUCGCUCAUCGGAAAUCUGUGCCGGAGCUCUGCCACUCAGUCAAGGUUGGUGUAGUAGAUGAACCAGAUAGGGAAUCUCUAACUCAAGCUUGGAAAUCAUGGAUGGAGGAGCACAUUAAAGCCACUGGAAAGGUACCUCCAGGUAAUGAAUCCGGUAAUGCCACUUGGGCUCGUCAAGCCCCAAAGAAGAAGGCUGAUUUACGGCUAACACCAGGCCGCAAUGUCCAACUGACAGUCCCGCUAGAGGACCUCAUUGAUCGGUUGGUAAAGGAGAACAAAGUGGUGGCUUUUAUUAAAGGUUCAAGAAGUGCACCACUUUGUGGAUUCUCACAAAGAGUUGUUGGCAUCCUUGAAAAUCAAGGUGUGGAUUACGAGAGUGUCGAUGUGCUUGACGACGAACAUAAUCCCGGACUAAGGGAGACACUAAAGAGUUACAGCAACUGGCCUACAUUCCCUCAAAUCUUUGUUAAUGGAGAAUUGAUAGGGGGUUGUGAUAUUCUAAGCUCAAUGUAUGAAAAGGGUGAGCUAUCAGAUUUGUUCAAAAAGUAGCUCUAAGUUUUUGAGCUGUUUAGGUAGUAAUGGUCAUUAUGGCUAAUGAGCUAAAAAAAGGAACAUUGAGUCUUAGGCUUGUAAUUUGAUUUGUGAGCUUUAUUUAUAAGAAUUGAGAAAAUAAAUGGGGUUGUUAGAGAAAUGACUCACUUUGGAAAUUUGAUUUAUUAAUUAUCAUUAUUCCUUUGUCACUA